GAGCCGCGGUCUCCGGUUUGUUUGUGUUGUGGGCGGUCCGUGCACAGCCCGGGAAAAGCGGGAAAUGGCGGUGCCGAGCGCGGGGUCCCGACCUGCCCUGCAGCCAAAAGGGCUAAUGGCCGCUGACAGGAGGGGCAGGAUACUGGGAGUAUGUGGUAUGCAUCCUGACCAUCAAGAAACACUGAAAAAGAACCGAGUGGUGCUAGCCAAACAGCUGUUGCUGAGUGAACUAUUAGAACAUCUCCUGGAGAAGGACAUCAUCACUUUGGAAAUGAGGGAGCUCAUCCAGGCCAAAGUGGGCAGUUUCAGCCAGAAUGUGGAACUCCUCAACUUGUUGCCUAAGAGGGGCCCCCAGGCUUUUAAUGCCUUCUGUGAGGCACUGAGGGAGACCAAGCAAGGUCACCUGGAGGAUCUAUUACUCUCAACCCUCUCUGGUCUUCAGCAUGUUCUCCCACCGUUGAGCUGUGACUACGAUGUGAGUCUCCCUUUCCCAGUGUGUGAGUCCUGUCCCCCUCAUAAGCAGCUCCGCCUGUCGACAGUAGAUACUGUGGAACACUCCCUAGAUAAUGGAGAUGGUCCUCCCUGCCUUCAGGUGAAGCCUUGCACUCCUGAGUUUUAUCAGACACAUUACCAGCUGGCCUACAGAUUACAGUCUCGGCCUCGUGGCCUGGCACUAGUGCUGAGCAAUGUGCACUUCACUGGAGAAAAAGACCUGGAAUUUCGCUCUGGAGGGGAUGUGGACCACAGUACUUUAGUCACCCUGUUCAAGCUCUUGGGCUACAACGUGCAUAUUUUACAUGACCAGACCGCACAGGAAAUGCAAGAGAAACUCCAGAAUUUUGCACAGUUGCCUGAACACCGAGUCACAGACUCCUGCAUAGUGGCACUCCUCUCACAUGGUGUGGAGGGCGGCAUCUAUGGUGUGGAUGGCAAACUGCUUCAGCUCCAAGAGAUUUUUCGACUCUUCGACAAUGUCAACUGUCCAAGCCUGCAAAACAAGCCAAAAAUGUUCUUCAUCCAGGCCUGCCGUGGAGAUGAGACUGAUCGUGGGGUCGACCAGCAAGAUGGAAAGAACCAUGCAAGAUCCCCUGGGUGUGAGGAAAGUGAUGCUGGUAAAGAGGAGUUACUGAAGAUGAGACUGCCCACACGUUCGGACAUGAUAUGUGGCUAUGCCUGCCUCAAAGGCACUGCUGCCAUGCGGAACACCAAGCGGGGUUCUUGGUACAUUGAGGCACUCACUCAGGUGUUCUCUGAGAGGGCUUGUGACAUGCACGUGGCUGACAUGCUGGUUAAGGUGAAUGCCCUUAUCAAGGAACGUGAAGGUUAUGCCCCUGGCACAGAAUUCCACCGAUGCAAGGAGAUGUCUGAGUACUGUAGCACCCUAUGCCGUCACCUCUACCUGUUCCCAGGAUACCCUCCCACGUGAAGCUGCCUCCUUGUUGUCCAUGCUGUUGGAGGCCACUGGAUCACUGAAGGCGCAAUAGAGCCUUUUCUCUUCAGGAUGCAUGGUUUCUGUUCUGCCUCCUCAGGGAUGUAGGAAUCUCCCAGGUUUGCUUCCUGUGCCCAUCAUUUCCACCUUUGUGUAUGGGACGCCAGGCCAGCUUCUCCUGUGUGAUGCUCUUUCCCUGUAGAGCUGGUUCUGGCUAGGGUUGUUGCCAAAGAACCUGGCAAGUGACAUUGUGAACACAUGUUGUCAUGGGGAGAGGGCAUGUGGAUUGCUUGAUGUUUGUGAUAUUUCUGUCCCCAUGGCUUUUAGAAGGGCACUUUGGUUGUUGCAUUUAUUACAUCAGUUAAGAUGUCUCAGAUCAUCUGUUAUCUUUUUUCCUAUCCCCAACCCCAUUUAUCCUACAGUGAGAAUUUGAAUAUGUCCCAGUUUAGUGUAGGCAUUUUCAUCUGGCUUGAAGAGGCAGAUGUGACAGACACAUCCUGCUGUGGUAGGCAGAAGUGUCUGUGCCUCCACUGCAGACCCAGGCAAAAGACAGUCUUCUCAACUACACCAGUGGCUCCUUUGGGCUUCAAGUUCCCAGCAUUUCAGCAGAGCUUAGGGUCUAUGCCUUGCCCCUGGAAGUCUUAAAGAUCUUCCUUAGUUGUUCUUUCCCUGAGCUGUUACUAAAAUGAGCCUUGUAGGUAUAUUGGCAGAAAGCCAGGAGGAACUAUGUGCCUCCUCACACUAAUCUGUCACUGUGUCUUUCUCCUUUCUAUGUGAUGUCCCUUCCUUUCCCUUGUUGGCAUUGCCAUGCAAUCAAACUGUGUCUCAUAUCUGGACUUCUGGAUAAGCUUCCUAGUUGUUGUCUCUUCCCUUUUAAUUUUCAUUUCUUUCUGUUCACUGCUGUCACCAGGUCUGUCUAAAAUAUUCAAGUUGAUCUUUUGACUGCUCCAGGGUGUAAUGUACCUUGUCCUGCCUUCUGCUUCUAUGUUAGACUCUCCUUUGAUUUUGUGGCCAUCUCUCCCCUUACAUUAUUUCUUUCUAUUUCAGUGAGUAUAUUACCAUAAACAUGUUACUCUUUCUACCUAGAAACCUUCUUUCUGUCUUCUUCUAUGAAACUUUCCUGUUCCUUAAAUCUUUUACAUUUUCAUUCUUGCCCCCCUUCAGUCUGUUCUCCCCAUAUCAGAGUAGUUUUUUAUUUUUAAAGAUAAAUCUGAUUGUAUCACUCUACUGCUUGGAACCCUUUGCCUUCCUAUUAAACCUUAUAUAAAGCCCAAACUCCUUACUCUGAUUUAUAAGAUCUCAUUCUUACUUUCUCCUUGAGCCUCAUUCAAUGAUGAUUUCUCCCUGUACUCCAGCCCUAGAAGCCCCUCAGUUUUUCAGAUGUUCUGUGCUCACUAUUCCAACACUCUUGCUUAGAAUGUCAUCUUCUUCAAGUCUUUAGGAGGCCUUUCCAGGUCAUUCUAUCUGCAGGCAUUUUUCUGUAUCUCUAUUGCUGUAUAUCCUUAUUUAUCCUUUGCUUUACUCAGUGCAAUUUUUAACGAUGUAUUUCUUAUUUUACUUCUUCAUUUUUACCUCCCCUACUAGGCUGUAAACUCUAAAAGGGUACAAACCCUGGCUUUGUUACUGAUCAGUAUGUACCAGUAUCUGCCACUUACAGGUCUUCAGUAAAAGUUCAUCAAAUGAAGGAGUCAGAUGGCUAAGCCCAGCUAGAAUCCUACUUUUUGGAAGAAUUUCCCUUUUGACGAUACGCAGUUUGGAAGUUAUGCUGUAUGUUUUCCAGUUGUUUUGUAUUUUAUCCACUGGUAUUUUUAGCCCCUUAAAGACAUACCAUGUGUGAAAAAACUUCAUCAACAUCUCCCAUUGUGCCUAGGAAAAUGCUAGGCCUGUAGUAGUCAAGGUGCUCAACUAAUGUUUGUUCUGUGAGCCAGGUAGGUGGUUUGAAGACUUGCUGCCAAGUCCUACCUUUGGGUCAGUAUAGGAUGAAUAUAUUUGAGUGAUAGAACCUUUCCACUUCCCACUGCCAAGAUUUUGUAUUGCCAUCAGGUGCCAAAUAAAUGUUGAUAUUUGUUACCGAUGUGUGCCUGGUUUGUUUCUACAGGUACUCCGUCUUCUGAAGCCCACAUUUCUUCAUUUCCUUGUAUUGCAUCGUUCCUUCCCACCUCAAAAGACCUACCUAGAACCUAAAACCGCUGUCUUUUUUUAUAUGCUCAGGUGUGUACCUGUCUCUUUGGUGGCAUAGCCCUGGGAUGUCUCAUGGUCAGGUAAAGUGGAUGAUCAAGCAAACAGUGUUGAUUCUGGUUUACCAGAUUAUGGGCUUGAAGGCUAGAGUAACAGGUGGGGUCAGAAUAGGAAGAUGAGAAAGGACAGUAGGAUUUUAUUUCUCAGUCCAAAUUAAAUAUAAGAUUUUCUAGGGUAGACAAAAAUAUUAGAUAAUUCUAGGGCAGAAAAGAAGAGAAUGGAAAGUAAUGGACUGGAAGUAUUUGGAGUACAUGCCUGUAGAGGCAAUUGUGCAGGAGCACAGUGGGCUAAGGAGGUUUAGCAAGAAGAGGAAAAUUCUAUAAGAGCAUUUGGGUAGCAAAGAGCUGUGGAAAGAUGCUGGGGAAUAUAGAGGAGGAAUUGCUGUCAACGAGAAGCAAAAGGGCAUUGAG